GGUCUUGUUCUGGCUAGCGGAACACAGGGCUGUACUGAUGGCAGGCGGUUACCUGUCAACAACCUAACCAUAGCUGAAACUGAAGUCCGUGUUGCCAUUUAUCGUCUGCUUCUGUCAGCUGUUGCAGGUCCUUUCGGUGUAGCCAAACAAGGCUGCAGUGUUAUGGAUGAACCAUGAAGGCCCAAUUACAAGUCACAGUGCUUUCAGCCAAGCUGAAGGAAAACAAAAAGAACUGGUUUGGUCCCAGUCCGUAUGUUGAGGUAGCCGUGGAUGGCCAGUCAAAGAGGACUGAGAAGUGCAACAACACACACAGUCCCAAAUGGAAGCAGGCUGUCACAGUAAUUGUAACUCCGGUCAGCAAGCUGAUCUUUCGUGUUUGGAGCCACCAGACGCUGAAAGCAGACAUCCUGUUGGGGAUGGCCAUACUGGAGAUCAGUGAGACCCUAAAGGCCAACGACCUGAAACUGUGUGAGGUGGUGCAGACACUGCAGCUGUGCUCAGACAGAGACCCCCGGGAUAUUGUGGGUGACCUGUCAGUCUGUCUGGACGGCAUGCAGGUAGACCCAGAAACCUUCGCCUCAGCAGAGAAAGAACACGCUGUUGUUCCAAAUGGAAAUGUGAGACAAAAUGGAGACAGUGGCAAGAGGUCAAGCAGAGACACGUCUCCCUCCAGUGACUCAGAGGAGUGGGUUAUUAUACCUAAUGGUCAUGCUGUCAAUGGCACGGGUUCUCCUUCCCGAUCUCCAGGGGGCUCCAAUGCCUCACGUCCUCCCAGACCAGACCGGCCUCCUCCGCCUACGCCUCACAGACCAGCUGCCUCACCAACCUCUUCUAGCAGUUCCUCCCCUAGUGAGCUGAGUGAAGGUCCAGCUUCCGAUGGCUCCUCUCAGGCGUCAGCUAGUGGGUGUUCAAAUCAUCAGGAUGACUCAGGCGCUGGAGCAGCGACAGCAGUUUCUUCACAGACAGCAAGUGGCCCCAAACCAGGGACCUCUGCCUCAGCAGCUCAGGCCACAACAACUCCCAGAAUCACACCCAUUAGCAACGCUCCUUUGCCACCAGGGUGGGAGCAAAGGGUGGACCAGAACGGACGGAUGUACUAUGUGGAUCACAUUGAGAAAAGGACAACCUGGGAAAGGCCUGAUCCUCUGCCUACAGGAUGGGAGCGCAGGGUGGACCCGAUGGGUAGGGUGUACUAUGUCGACCACAUAACGCGAACUACUACGUGGCAACGCCCCACGCAGGAGUCGGUGCGCAACUAUGAAGAGUGGCAGCACCAGCGCAGCCAGCUGCAGGGAGCCAUGCAGCAGUUUAACCAGAGGUUCAUCUACGGGCUCCAAGACCAGUUGGCUGCCACGGCCAACAAAGAGUUUGACCCGCAGGGACCUCUGCCUCAUGGUUGGGAGAAGAGAACUGACACAAAUGGCAGAGUGUAUUUUGUUCAUCACCCGACACGGACAACACAGUGGGAAGACCCCAGGACGCAAGGGCUGCUGAAUGACAAGCCCCUGCCAGAGGGCUGGGAGAUGAGGUUCACUGUGGAUGGUAUUCCCUACUUUGUCGACCACAACAGGCGAACAACAACCUACAUUGACCCUCGCACAGGAAAAUCUUCACUUGAGAACGGGCCGCAGAUAACCUAUGUCAGGGACUUCAAAGCCAAAGUGCAAUACUUCAGGUUCUGGUGUCAGCAAUUGUCGAUGCCUCAGCACAUUAAGAUUACCGUCUCCCGGAAAACCUUGUUUGAGGAUUCAUUUCAACAGAUCAUGAGCUUCCACCCUCAAGAUCUGAGGCGGAGACUGUGGAUUAUUUUCCCUGGAGAGGAGGGUUUGGACUACGGUGGUGUGGCCAGGGAAUGGUUCUUCUUGCUCUCUCAUGAAGUACUGAACCCCAUGUACUGUUUGUUUGAGUACGCUGGCAAGGACAACUACUGUUUGCAGAUCAACCCUGCCUCCUACAUCAACCCUGAUCACCUCAAGUACUUCAAGUUCAUAGGACGCUUCAUCGCCAUGGCCUUGUUCCACGGCAAAUUCAUCGACACAGGUUUCUCCCUGCCUUUCUACAAGCGUAUUCUGAACAAACCUCUGGCUCUCAAAGACCUGGAGUCCAUAGAUCCAGAGUUUUACAACUCACUCAUCUGGAUCAAGGAUAAUAACAUAGAGGAGUGCGGUCUGGAGAUGUUCUUCUCCGUUGACAAGGAGAUCCUGGGGGAGGUCACCACCCACGAGCUGAAACCAGAUGGAGGGAACAUCCAAGUCACUGAGGAAAAUAAGGAGGAAUACAUCAGGUUGGUGGCAGAGUGGAGGCUGUCCAGAGGUGUGGAGGAACAGACUCAAGCAUUCUUCGAGGGCUUCAAUGAAGUUUUGCCCCAACAAUACCUUCAAUACUUUGAUGCUAAGGAGUUAGAGGUGAUGCUGUGUGGGAUGCAGGAGAUAGACCUGGUGGACUGGCAGAGAAACACAAUCUACAGGCAUUAUGCCCGAAGCAGCAAACAGAUCCUCUGGUUCUGGCAGUUCGUUAAGGAGAUGGACAACGAGAAGAGGAUGAGGCUGCUGCAGUUUGUCACAGGAACCUGUCGCCUUCCUGUGGGCGGCUUCGCUGACCUGAUGGGAAGCAACGGCCCUCAAAAGUUCUGCAUUGAGAAAGUGGGCAAAGAGAACUGGCUUCCACGAAGCCACACAUGCUUUAAUCGUCUGGACCUCCCUCCAUACAAGAGCUAUGAGCAGCUGAAGGAGAAGCUCAUGUUCGCCAUAGAGGAGACGGAAGGCUUUGGGCAGGAGUGAUGCAACAAGAGCAGGGGCUGCAGGACAAGAUGGAGGAGUGUAGGCUCAGAGGAGCCAUAUUCAUUUCAGACAAGAGCACUUUUCAACAUUUGCAGCCAGGAGCUGCUUACAAACUGGUAGAUGGCUGUACAAAUCCUCGUUUUUCUAUCAAACUCUCAUAUGCAGUAAGUCUCUGAGCUGUUCGGUCACGUUCAUUUAUCCUCCGCACUCUGUUUCACUUCUCACCCACAUGAUCAGUUCCACCCUAAUCCAGCUGAUCUCACUUACACUUAGCCCUGGUCAGCCCAUUGUCAGGCGAUGGAGGCAGAUAGACGCCUCUCUCACCCUGUCAUGUCUGCACUCGCUGCGUGUUGCGCAAGUGCAGUUUCUACACGUACAUAUGUCAAUCUGUGCAGUAGUAACUUCUUAAGAGCCGCUGUGUCGGGUCUAUGCACUAGAGUUAAUGAUUUUAGAGAAAAGAACCAUAUUUGUGCUUUUUGAUUUUAAAUAGAAAGGGUCAUAUCAUCAAAGGCACAUAUAUGGUUUGGGGUCUUUUAGACUUUUAUUUUUCUUUAGUCGUAAGGAUGGAUGAAUGGAUGAUUUUUUUUUUUUUAACAGCUGACUGAUUGGACUGACUCCUGUAGCACAUACGUGGUUUCUUUUAAUAACUUUGAUAAAUACGAUCAUGCUAAUAUGAUACUUUCUCUUGUUUUGACAGGCUGAUUUCUUAACUUUAUAAUGAGUUGAACUUUUGAACUAGUUUGCACAUAGUUAUGUGAGCAGUAAGACGGUUGUGAUUGUUCUUAAGAGAGGUUGUAUUUUUAUGUGCAAUAGUUUUGUAGAAAACAAUUUUUGCCAAUAAUAGAGCCAAACAGUGAUUUGUUUGAUCAUUUUAUAACACUUUGGUAAGUUUCAGCAUUUACUGUUGAUUUAAAUUCUCAAUAUAAAAUAGAGAACAUUUGCAUAUUGGCAAGUGUGAAUGGUUAAACUGGUUUGGUUGUGAUUUGAUUUGAGAACUUUGCCUUCCCACAGUGAUCUGUGCUGUAUAUGACAUCAGCGUGUUCCGUUACCAGUCUGGGAGACUGACACGUGAAGUCUUCUCGAUAAUUAUAAGCUGUUACUAAUGAAGUGGGAGCUCUAGGGUGUAUUGUGUAAUAGAGAACAUUGAUUUGUUGCGUCAUGACCCGUUCCCACUGAACGGUAGCCAAUUCUCUGGUAGAUGUCCAGAGUUAGCGUGACUGCAGUGUUUCUCAACGUGGACCCUAUUCUCCCAUGUUUUUGUGUCUAAGUGACUAAUGGAGACAGAAAGUUUUGAAAUCAGUCCAGUCUUGAGCGAGACUGCAAAACAGGCUGCAGCGUAGCGACUCGGGACAUUUGUGCACCGUCAGUUUAUGUCCACCAAGAGCUCUUUUUUACAGCUGAAUGGCCAAGAUAAUUUUUCUAAGUGUCCAACAACAUUAUUGUAACCAUGGCAGAAAAAUGAAAUAUAAUAAAACUCACCCUCUUUGGCUAAAAGCCGCCACGCCAGUGAAUGAACGGGUAAAAUAAAGUGACCAAACGUACAUGUGCAGCCUUAGGUAAAAUACACAUUCUAGCUCCUGCAAUUAUGGAAAUGGUUCUUACAGAAGUCAACCUUUUGUUAAAGAGUAAGAUACUUUUCUUUUCAUUUUUUUUUUUAACCAGAAACAGCCCUUAAAUCGCUUUUGCCAAACUCGCCAGAAUCCAUUUAAAAAGGCAGUAAAUUUAUCAUCGUGAUAAACACUUAAAAAUUCAACAAUGCCAUCUUGGUUUGUGUUUCCACUGUUUCAGCAAUCACCAACUGUGAUUAAGUUUAAAUAAAACCCUUAAUUUACCCAGUUAGAUGUGAAAAUAUGCUGGCUGUAUACACACUUAAAUUAGUCUUUAUUUAAAUGGAGUCUAGUGUGUUUGAUGAUGGCAGUUUCUGGGCUGUUUGCAGUUAAACAUAAACCUGUCAGUGGCAAAACAAGCACUUUUAGCAGACGUAAAUUGACAUUAUACAAAUGAUAUACAGCGAGACUGCGUCUGGCCUGGCGUCAAACAUUGCCGUCUCCAUUGGUCACUUAGACAAAAAAAGAGAAAAUAGCGUCCAGGUUGAAAAUACUUGAGUUACCCUUUAAGUAUUAUCUUAUAUCAAUAAUGAAGAUACCGAAUCCUAAAUGUUUAAUGUGUUAAGUGACUAAUGCAGUUUAUGUAAAUAUACUUACAAAGUAGAACAUGUGUUUAAUAUCUUAAUAACAUUUAGUUCACCCCAGCAGUGGACCCCUUGGAGUUGCAGGCUUAAGUUGAUAAUUAAGAUUUGAAUUAAUGUCCUAUAAAGUGGCCCUAGUUUUAUAGGGUGUUACGUAUUCAGAUUUGUACAGUAGUAUAUUAGUGUAUUUCAUGUCUUUUUCCAAAAAAUAGAUCCACUAACAUUAAAGUUUCCUUUUAGUAUCAGGUGGAGUAUCACUUUUAAGAAGAUGACUAUGAAACAAAUCUACCAAAGGAUUUUAUUUGAUUAUGUUUUGUAAACGAUUUGACUCAAUCAGUUCUUAACAUCCCCAAUUGACUACAAAUUAGUUAGUCGUUCUCGAUUAUAUUAGUGGGUAACACUGUGAGGUACAAAAAGCUCAGCUACUUCGAUUUUAAACACAAAGUUUAAACAAAAUUUCUGUGAAGUGAAAAUUUUUCAACGACUUGUAACUGUGCAAACAUCAAGCUGUGUCGUGUGUGUGUAGGAAGCGUGGUGUAAAUUACGUGCUAUGAUUUCAAUCUGUUCUCUAGAUCAUUGAAAUAUCUUGUUCUCUUUAAAGGUAUACUGCGCAGGGUUGUCAGUUACUGUUCGUUAACAUGCUCGCACCGCCACACACUUCUAGUGGGGCAUAAGUGAUGAUUGAGAGGGAUCAAAUCCUGCAUAUUAUAUCUUUAAGCUCCCAGAAAAAUGUAAAAGGAUGUAUCCACAGAUUUUACCCAUAAAUUUGGCCGUGUAUGAACCAUGUGUUGUUUCAUAAUGUCAGUGCUGGUACUCCAGAAAAAAAAAAGGCCUAAAGUCUCCCUCACUGACCUGCCAGGUGUAAUAACCCUCAGUCGAUACCAGUUACUGCUCACUUUCUACUUAAGUGUGUCUCAUGUUUCAGAUUAUAUCACAUUUUCCCCCUUACCGGCAGUAACGCACACAUACACCUACAGAUGUGUGUAGCUACAGCUGUGCAGACUCGUGAAGAGAUUAUUGUUUAAAAAAAAAAAAAAAAAAGGUUUGUGAUUAAAAUGUUUACUGUUGAAUAUUUUAACAGCUAAUAAUUCUAGCACCUUGACACUCCAAACUGGUUGAAUUAACCACUUCACUGUUUAAUCACUGCUGUGUUCCAGAUCAUGGAGCAGUUUCAUGUAUAGAAAAUAUGCAAACUAGUGUUUUAGUUGUUCUGAUUGCAUUGUAAAUCAUGUUGAUAGUGUAAUCACUGUUUUUUGAAGCUCCAACUUUUUUGAUAAGUGGAAGUCAAUGGUUGAAUACUAUUUAUUUGGAGGAUGGGUUUCAUGUAACAAUGGACUGGAUUGAUUGAGGAAAAAAAAAACAGUAAUAAAAUGAUUUAAACACUGGGCUCCUGCAGGACUCUUGUGGAGUGUUGAUUAUUAUUACAGCAACAUUUUUCACUUGUCUCUACAAUAUGCUACCCAUAAUUUAUUAAUUUUGUUUUAAUAUUUUAUCUAAAUAUACAUAAGGUUAUGGAAGUGUAAUGCAUUCACUUAAUAAAAAUUCUAGUCUGUUUUUUUUUUCUUCAAUGAAUUAAGAAGAAUAUUAUUUGAGAAUUCUGAAAAAGUUUCCAUGGAAAAAAUUCUGCUACUACUUUUCAUAUUUUAAGUAUAUUUUGCUGAUUAUACUUAUAAAACAAUACUAUAACAUUUGAAAACAUGACAUCUACUUUAUGGUAUUACUACUUUUACCAAAGUAAAGCAUGUGAAUAU